AGUGGUGGAAAAGAAUUUUUCGCAUAGUGGUGAAAAACGGCUUUGCAAUCUUUCUUUGCGUUGCCCCGCGUUGACGGAUUGUUUGGGCCCGUUUAGUUUUUAUACGAAAAUAAAGCAAAAUGGCCCUCAAUAUCGCACGCCGUGGCAUCUACACUUGCGCUCGCAGAUACCUCAGUGUGUCAGCGACACAAUGUGAUAAAAUGAUGCCCGACCCGUUCGAACAUGCCACCGGUAUUGAGAAGCAGGAGAUGCUCGCGCGACGGGCGGGAAACAACGACCCGUUCGACAUGGGCCUGUACCACCGCGGCGUGGGUACCAAGGAGCAGCCCAACCUGAUCCCGUCGCGCUUCCAGUGCCGCAUCGUCGGCUGCGUCUGCGAGGAGGACGCCACCUGCGUCAACUACAUGUGGCUCAAGGCCGGCGAGCCCAAGCGCUGCGAGUGCGGCCACUGGUUCAAGCUGGUCGAGGGCGCGCCGCUGCCCGCGCUGGAAUAGGCCGCCGGGGCCGAGCCGACUGUGAGAGCGACCAUGUGCGGCGUGCGAGCGAGAUGAAUAGUCUAAUUACCUGUGAAUCCGGCGCGGUGUUGCGGCGCGGCCCGCAGUGUCGGGUCCCGCUCGGGUGAGGAAUAUACACCACACACAUAUUGUGUA